UCUCGCAGGUCUGACUCAGUGCUAGUCAGCAUGGAGACACUGGUUUUGUGCCUGGCUGUAGUCCUCCUUCAGAGUGGACCCUGUUUUUCCACAAGCCGCCCUACCAACUGGCUCAGACAAUGCCGCGCAUCCACAAACCUCUCCAUCACAUCUCUGGGGGUCUUGCCUGGUGGCGGCUGGGACAACCUCAGGAACAUAGACAUGGGUCGAGUGAUGAACUUCAGCUACUCCCAGUGUCAGACCACAGAGGACGGGAUCUACCUCAUCCCUGAUGAGGUGUUUGUGAUCCAUCAAAAGGAGACCGGUGUAGAGACCAGCUCAGAAAUCAUCAGCUCGUGGACAGACCAGAAGAGUGUCACUUCUAGUUCCAUAAAUGCAGAUGUCUCCUUCCUCUCUAUGGUGAAUGGGAAAUUUUCUACAGAAAACCAAAGAAUGAAAACGCACCAGGUCAAAGAGUCUUCCACAACAACCAGAGUGCAGGUGCGUAACUUCAUCUACUCUGUGAAGGCAUAUCCAGACUUCACACUGGACAUGCGUUUUGCUCAGCAAGUCAAAGACAUAGCAGAUGCCAUCGAAAACAACCAGACAAAGAAUGCUGCGUAUCUGUCUGAGAAGAUGGUGGUGGACUAUGGAACCCACGUGAUCACCAGUGUCGAUGCCGGAGCCUCUUUAGUGGAGGAGGACUACCUCAACUCAAAAUAUAUCUCAGAUUCUGUUUCACAGAGUUCUAGUGUAAAAGCACAGGCAGGAUUCAAUUUUUUUGACAAGCUUAAAUUUGACAUAGGUGGAGGAAGUUCCCAACAAAGCUCAGACCUUCAAACAUACCAGUCCAAUAUCCAAUACUCCCUUACACAGAGUCACGGAGGUGUGCCUUUCUAUCCUGGAAUCACUCUGCAGAAGUGGCAGGAAAGCAUAAAAAACAAUCUGGUGGCUAUUGAUCGCGCAGGAGUCCCCCUGCACCAUAUUAUCAACCACAACACAGUCCCUGAUAUACCAGCGCCCACUGUAGAAAAGGUCGCUGAUUCUCUUCAAAAAGCCAUACAGAGAUAUUAUGUGGUCAACACUCGUCCAGGCUGUGUAGAUGUCAGCUCCCAGAACUUCAACUUUCAGGCAAAUGUUGAUGAUGCAUCGUGUGAGGGCCCAGCCACUAACCUCAGCUUCGGGGGUGUCUAUCAACAGUGUAAUCAGCUGAGCCGAGAUGCAGGACCACUUUGUGAGAAACUGGCCCAAAAAAACCCAGACACAGGUGACUUCUCCUGUCGUUCUCCUUACACACCCACUUUACUUAGAUCUGAGGUGAGACAGGAAGGAUAUACUUUAUAUGAAUGCUAUGACCAUACAUACAGCUGUGGGUUUCUUGGCUGGUCUGAUUGCCACCAAAGGAUUUGCCAGGACAAUUACUAUGUGCGUUCUGCUCGUAUUGACACAUACUGGUGUUCAGUGAAUGGGAAAGCUCCAGAUAACUCUGGGUAUCUCUUUGGAGGUUUCUACAGCCCAUCCAUGCUCAAUCCCAUCACUAAUUCCAAAGGUUGUCCUCUAAAUUUUAUUGCAGAAAAAUUCCUCUCUGAUGGAUUGAUGCUGUGUGUAAGUCGUGACUAUGAAAGAGGCACAAGAUACUCUGUGGCUUUUGGUGGCCUCUUCAGCUGUCAGUCUGCCAAUCCCCUAGCAAACAACCAACGCCGCUGCCCUCCUAAAUUCAGCCAACACCUUGCUAUUGUGAGCGAUGGGUGCGAGAUCCUUUACUGCGUCCAGUCAGGAUUAUUCACUGGAGGAGAACUGAAACCUAUCCGACUGCCGCCAUUCACCAAAGCCCCUCUCGUCAGCAUGCAGGCCACCAACACGGUGAUGGUCAUGACUGAGGGAGAUAAGAACUGGGUCCGAGUGGGGAAAACCAAACUGUGGAAACUGGCCAAACCAGAAGAGAUCCGGGAAAUGGUGAAGCAGAUGGACCCUGAGUAUAACAAGCUGUCCAGUGGGGAAAAGACUGGGAUAGCUUUUGGGGUACUGGCUUUGGUUGCCCUGGUGGUUGUGGUGACAGUGGUAAUAAUCAAGAAAAGACGAAGGCUGCCAAGAUUUCAAAUGUCCAAAAGCUAUGAGGAAAUACAAGGAGAUGCUGAAGAAACAGACAGAUUAACACCAGAAGCUUAAACAAAUACAUUGCAGAGAAUUAAACUGGCAGGGGCCAAUAUUUUUUCUAUAAACAUAUAUAUUUUUGCACUGUAUACAUACAAGCAAAUCUGUCAUUUUCUGACUAUGUUGUGCUUCAGAUGAUUAAUCUUACAGAAUGAUCAAUGAUGAGAAAACCACACUCUCAUGAGGCAACAAAUUCCUACAUGCAACAAUAUAUUUGUUGUAUGUAGGAAGUCACAAUGUCAAAUUUUGGUGGUACGAUUAUUCGAAAAAGAAACAUUAUAAUUUUACAGUAUUUCCGAUUAUUGACACCAUAACAACAGUGACAUUUUUAAUUUACUUUCAUCAAUAACAUGAGACCAGUUUUACGAAAUCACACUUUCUGAAUGAAAAAGUUAUGAGAAAGAAAUGAUUAAUUUUGCUUUUAAAAUGGUCAAGAUUAUAGUUGUUUUUGUUAUCGCAACUAUAUUGUCACUUGAAUAAGCUUGAUUAUACAAAGUUGUAUGUUUUUAUCAUUUUGUUUUUAAAUUGUCUACAUUCUAAAUGGGCUAAAUUAGUGUAAAAGGCACCGGAAAGCCUUUACCAGCACACACUCGAACUCUGGAAAACAAAUGUGAACCAACAGUGCCCCCAUCUGUCCUAUUUUGAGACUAAAAAGUGGUUAUUGUUGUAUAGGUUUUUUAUAUAGUCUAAUGUGUAUUUUAUUAAAAUAUAUGCUGUAAAUAAUACUCAGUUUAGUUUUAAAUAAAUAACAAUUGUUUAAUAGCUGACCUUUAAACUGUCUACAACAAAGAGUCUUUGAAAUCGUUUGCACUGAUCUGUUUAUACUUGAAUAAUAAAAUGUCUCUCUUUAACUUAA